AUGGCAAAGAAGGUGGGCGAAGUAAUUGCCAAGUCCUGCUUGGAGAAGGGGAUCACAAAGGUGGCCUUUGAUCGAGGUGGUUACCCUUACCAUGGACGUAUUGAAGCAGUCGCUGAUGCAGCUCGAGAAAAUGGCAUCCAAUUCUGAGAACUAGAUGGUCACUUUUUUUGGGCAUUGUUCCUCUGGACAAGCGUUA